CCCAUCCGAAAGUGGCCGUUUACUGGAGGCGGUUACUGUGGUAUCGGGGGUAGUUUGAGUUUGUGGCGAGCUGGGCCCGGGCUGUCUCACCAGGAGUGGGACCUCGAGGUCUCAGAAACAGGCUUCUAGCUGGCCCGGGACUCCCCGCCAUUCAGCGCUUCCCCCCAUAACCGGAUACCGAUUAUUUGGACUCUGCCUCAGACCCAGGAGUCACAGAUGCCGGGAAGUGUGGCCCCCCUCAAGAAGCCUGGAAAUACCACAAGGUUGCCCCUGGCUUUAGACCCCCUGAAGAGCAAGGACGUGCUCGCAGUGCUGGCUGAGAGGAACCAGGCUAUAGUACCAGUUGGGGCGUGGGUGGAACCUGCCUCGCCACAUAGUUCGGAAAUCCCAGCAUAUACUUCAGCAUAUAUGAUUGAAGAAGAACUAAAGGAACAGCUAAGAAAAAAACAAGAAGCUUUGAAGCAUUUUCAGAGACAAGUCAAACGCCGAGUAAAUCAACAAAUUAGGCUGAGAAAAAAACAACAGCUUCAGAAGUCUUAUGAAGCAGCAGAAAAAGAAAGCUCUAUAGCCAUGCAGUCUUCAGAUCCAGCACACUUAACUCCUAAAAGAACAAGCAUUUUUCCAAACAAUUUGAAUGCUGCUAUUGGAAGUGCUAGGUUACCCCCUUCUGAGAUACUUGGGGAUGGAAUAGAGGACAGAGAGAAUCAGAAUGAAUUAUUCCAACAACAAGCCCAGGCUCUUAGUCAAACCACGAAGCAGGCACGUCACCAGUUGGCAUCCUUUAAAAUUGUGAGUAAAAAAAAUGCAUCAGUGUUUCCAGAUGGUAGAAGGAAAAGCUUUCCCACGCAAGAGGAACCUGACUCUGAGGAAUCUUCAUCUCUUAUGAUAGAUGAGAAAGGGAGAGAGAAUUUGUUUUGGGGAGACCAGCAGGAUCUCCUUUCUGAAGACAAGGACAAACCUUUCAUCAGAGUUCAGAAAGUACAAUUCAAAAAUCCAUUAUUUGCUGUGAUGGAAGAGGAAGAGCUAAAGCAGUUGCAUCUUCGGGGCAUUCAGGAUAUUCUGCCAGAAACCCAGGAUUAUCUUCCAGAAGCCCAAGGUGAUCUGCUGGAAACCCAGGGUGAUUUGACUGGAACCCAGAGUAUUGAGCUGGAAGCCCAGAGUAUUGAGCCAGAUACCCAGUCUAUUGAGUUGGAAGCCCAAGCCAUUGAGCCCAAAGCCCAGGCCAUUGAGCCUGAAGCCCAGGUUGUUAAGACAGAAACUCAGAGUAUUAUGCUGGAAGCCCAGAGUAUUGAACCAGAAGAUCGGAGUAUUGCAUUGGAAGUCCAGGAUUUUCAACCCCGAAAUCGGGCUUUUCUCCCCAAAGACCAGAAUAUUCUACCCAAAUGUCAGGACCAGCAUUUUCUAUGUAAAGACCAGGAUUUUAUUCCCAAAGACCAGAAUAUUCUACCCACAUGUCAAGACCAGGCUUUUCUACCCAAAGACCAACAUGUUCUCCCCAAAGACCAGAAUAUUCAACCCAAAUGUCAGGACCAAGAUGUUCUGCUGAAAGACCAGCAUCAGGAUUUUCUACCCAAAAACCAGCGUAUUCUCUCCGAAGAUAAUAUUCUAUCCAAAUAUCAAGACCAGCAUUUUCUACCCAAAGACCAGUGUGUUCUCCCCAGCGAUCAGCGUGUUCUCCCCGAAGACCAGAAUAUUCUGCCUACAUGUCAGGACCAAGAUUUUCUACCCAAAGACCAGGGUUUUCUAUCCAGAGAUCAGAAAGCAAAUUUGAAGCAGCCAGCAUCAAUUUUGAUAGGUAGGAGAGGGAGAGAGGCGUUUCCUCUGGAUGUCCAUCAGGAUCUUCUACACAGGCAUCAAGAUCAGGCCUCCAUCAGGGGCAAGAAAGUACACUUCAAGGAGCCAUAUUCUGAUAUGACAAAUGAGAAAGGGAGAGAAGACUUUUCUCUGGCAGGUUAUCAGUAUCUGCCUCCUAAACUCCAGGACCAGGCCUUCAUCAGAGAUCAGAACACGUUUCCUAAGCAACCAUCAUCUUUUAUGAGAGAAGACGGAGUGAGAGAUGAAUUGCCUCUGGAGCAUCAUCAGUAUGUUCAACCUAAAAUCCAGGACCAAGCCUCCUCUAGAGAACAGAACAAGUUUAUCAAGCAACGCUCAUCUUUUGAGAAAUGGGGGAUUGAAAGAGGAAUUGCUUCUGGAGUGCCAUUGCACAGAAACCAUGAGCAGGCCUCUCAUAAAAUGACAGAUGAGAGAUGGAGAAAGGAGUUACUUCCAGAAUGCCGUGAAUAUGUUUUACAUGAAAUUCAGGAUCCAGACUUUGCCAGAGAGCAGAGCUUAUACUUCAGGCAGCAGCCAUCUGUUGGAACAGCUGAAAGAUGGCGAGAGGAUUUGCUUCUGGAAGGCCAUCAGCAUCUUCCACCCAAGCACCAGAGAGAGGCUUCUAGCAGAAGACAGGUUUAUGAUGAAUAUCAAUCAGGAUUGAACACUGAAUUCCAAACUCCACUGGCACUUCAGUCUGGAGUAGAUCAAGAAGAAGACAAGAAAGAGUUUAAACCAACAGUUUUUAACACUGGCCAUGUACCAGAAUCAGAUGUGGAGCUUUUUUUAAAUACAAAUGCCUGGACCCAAACCAGAUAUACUGAAUCAGUAUCUGAAAAGCGUCAAAAGCAAUACCUGAGACAUAGACGACUUUUCAUGGAUAUUGAAAGAGAACAAGUAAAAGAACAACAAAGGCAAAAAGAAUAUAAGAAGAAAAUUGAAAAAAUUAAGAAAAAGAAAGAGCAGGAACGUUAUGCUGAAGAACAGAGGCUACUAAGAAUGAACCUUCUUAAAGAGCCAUAUUCAGGGGAGAAGAUGAGUGAGAUAUUAGCCCAGCUACAACUUGAGGAAAUAAAAGGAGCUAGAGAAAAACAGCAACAGAGAGAAAAAGAAUAUCAAAGAUAUUUAGAAGCUUUAAGAGCCCAGAUCCAAGAGAAAAUGCAGCUGUAUAAAAUUACUUUACCUCCACUAUGCUGCUGUGGUCCUGAUUUUUGGGAUGCUCAUCCUGAUACCUGUGCCAACAACUGUAUUUUCUAUAAAAACCACAGAGCAUAUACCCGGGCACUACAUUCAGUCAUCAGUUCCUGUGAUAUACCUGAGGGGAACUCAGCUCUUCGAGUCGCCAUUCAUAAUUUUGCUUCUGCACACAGACGGACUUUGAAAAAUCUGUAAUAAGAAUCUGAAGUCAACUGUUAGUAUUUGAACCUUCACUUAAAAUCAACCCUGAGAGAUUAUUUAGGAAAAGCUGUUAAAGUGUGUAAAAUGUGUAAUCUGGAAAGAAAGACUGUCCCACAUAAACUGUCUCUAUAAUUAGAUUGUAACAAUUGUUUCAGUUCUCUGCCUUGAGACCAAGAUUGAAAGUUGACUUCCAAACUUGUUUCUUUGCUCUGAACCAUAUGGAACCUAUUGUUUUAAAAAUGAUCAGUCAGACCAGUAAGAUUUCUCUUACUUUUGCUCUGCUCUGAUCAGAAGAGAUCAUGAGAAAUCUUUGAGAUUGUCUCAUUUAUUUUCUUUCUAAAAUGUAUCUUCGAGUCCUGACAAAAUUAAAAAUAUUUGGAUGAAACAGAACAGAAGAUGAUGAAAUGAGUUUUUGAGCAUCAGUGGCCAUCUGUAUUGCUGUUAGCUUUUCUAGUUGUGUAUAACAAAAGAGAUGAGAAGAAUCUGAAUUUGAUGCACAUUUUUUUCCUCAAAAAUUUUCUCUCCUUUUUUGAAAUUUAUUACCUCUUUCCCCAUUCAGUGACAUUGUGUAAGUGAGCAUAAGUGAGGCCAUCUUGUUAGGCUAAAUGGCCCCAGCCCCUCCUCUAUGUGACUACUUGCUGUGCUGCACAUACUCUAAAAAAUUCACAUGCUCUCCUGAUGUAUGGCCUCCGCUCACAUAUGUACUCCCUAAUAGACUGAUAAAAAUUAAAACUUUGUUCUAUGAGUUUCUCUCUAGGAACAGGCUGACCACAGGCAGGAAACACACCUACAAGAUAUCCAUCACAGCUGACAGAAGAAUGGAACAAUGUGAUGCCUGGAGCCUGUCAUGCCUGGAGACAAACAUCCCUGGACCCCCUACUCACUGCCCAUUUUCCCUAUGUAACUGCCUCAAGAAUCUGUAAUCCCUGAAAAUGGGUUUUUUGAGACAUUAGUCACCUGUCUUCCAAUUUGCCAGCUAAUCUAAUCUAAUUAAACUUUCUUUCUCGAUCUCUAACUCAUUAUGAUUAAUUGGCUCACAUCGUGGUGAGCAGAGCAAGCCCAUUGCUCAGUAACAAUUGUACAUAGGACUUUUUAAUUUUAUAAUUUUUAUUGCAAAAAAAUAUGAAUAAACCCUCUGUCUUUUGAGCAUC